AUGGCGGACCUGAUCAUGGAAACUGUCAAGUACCACGAUGGAGGCUAUGAAAAGGAGGAUAUGGAGAUCCUCGAGGCGUCACAGUUGAGGACAACGGAUUGGCGAAAUGCGUACAUCAUGAGCUCCGUUGUUGAUGUUCGUGAUAUUCUCUCCGCUGAGGAGUACGAAGAGUACACAGACAUCGCUUAG